GUCGCUAUCCAGCUGUGGGCACAGCGGAGGGCAAGAUUGCCGGCAUUGACGUGUUCUGUCAUCGCGGCACCGACACCUCGCAGUCAGACUUCCUCGCAAAGGCUUGGACGCGAAUCCGUGUCUUCGUCGAGGCAUCCACCGGUCCGGAUGACGACUUCAUAAUCUAUCGCGGUGCAAAUCACAGUGGAGUGUUAGCUGCCAAAACAAAGAUAGACUCGGAAUGGCUACAGUGGCCCUGGCACGAGCAGUACGUCGACGUGUCUCCGUACGGUGUCAGCUGCUGGGGUAUUUCAUUCCGCUCACCAGACACACACUAUUUGCUUGAAAUCAAAACUACACGUAUUUUCUUCCGCUUCCCGGCUUUCCUGUUGGUCGGUUUGGUACUCUUUUUCGCUGCACCCACUCUCAGUCAAAAUGUUGCUUUCUACUACGCGUCGUCCACGUCCAUUGGCAUUCUGGCAUUUCUGCUUGUCCUAGUCUUUAUCAUCAGUCGGUUUGUACCUACCCGUGGAGCAAUGUACACAGUUCUGUUUAGUGGAUGGGCUGCGUCGGCCUACUUCUUUCGCUACGUUGCCGAGAACGCCCGCGACAUCGUAGUCAACUAUCAAUAUUAUAUUUAUGGAUAUGUUGCAGUAUCCGCUGUCAUCAGCGGGGCAUAUUUUUAUUGGAAGGGUCCACCGACGAAUCACCGCAGUCUCAAGCUCAUCCAGGUCUUCAUCCAAGCUAUAUCUCUAGUGUGCAUGUACCACGGUACUCAGUCACACAUCAUAUCGUUCUCUCUGCUCGUACUCGUCCUGACUGUCUACUGGCUCGAUAAUCUGGUCCCCGGCUUUGUACUCCGCUGGCUCACGUAUAAGUGGGCAGUGUGGUUUCCACAGCAGCGUAAACUCUUAACCGAGCAGGAGUUUAUUGAUCAGGGCCAGGUGGAGACUGAGAAAGCGUUACGUGAACUACGCGAGUUCAUGAACAGCCCUGGUGCCAGUCCCUGGCGUGUCAUGCGACGACUCAAGGACCCUACGAAGUUUGCUACGUUUGUAGAAACGGGCGAUCACAUUGACGAGGAUCAGACGUUCCUUCACGAGCGCCAGUCGUUCUUGUCAGAGGCUGGUUUCCGCGAGCAUGAACUGCCUCCAGACAGUGACAGUGACGCUGCGGAAAAGUAACACUGGCAUCGAAACACUUUAGAACAACCAUUACUAGUACCACAGCCUGUCAAAUUAUCUAGUUUCACUGACUCUUGAAUUGCCAUGGGUUUGCCGUUCAUGCUGGAGUGCAAGAAUUUGGACAGCGGUGCAGAACUGCGUUUAGCGCAUCGGAACUCUAGUCAUCCGUACUGUGCAUUGGACGAGUGCAGUCUACGAGUGCAGUCUACGAGUGCAGUUGCUGUUCAUAGUAGCAUUGGCAUGUGCAAGCACCGACGACGGCUGCGAGGAAUGAGUGUGAGGUUCUGCUGCUUGAAAAGGCUUGACUGGCGCCUAUGCUGCUGACUUGCCUGGUUGAAGAGGCACCACUGGUGCUGGUGCUGAUGCUACUUAUGUCACCGGAGUUUGCAGAUCACUCCCUGAGAGGCUUAACAUCACAUGACACUAUUUUAUUAACGGAAUCCGAUGAUUAUGAUGAUGAUUGGCCAAUUUUUGAGACGACCUGCAUGCAGUGAACGGCCGACUGAACCCAAUUGUACAGCCGUUUAUCGUUGCUGUUGCUUCUGCUGGCUGUGGUGGGGUGGACCCCGCGUGCCAUCGCGCCUGCCCUGCGUCUGCCUUGCUGAUGAUUUCUAUACGUUUAGAUAUUUGUAGGAUGAACUUGUUAGCAAAACUGACUCGCCGGCUUGAGUUAUUCUCUGUCAAGUUUUCACAGUUUUACAUACACUUGCUUCUAACAUGCGUGUGUGUGUGUGUGUGUGUGUGUGUGUGUGUGUGUGUGUGUGUGUCGCCCACCUGUCUUCCGGACUCUACUUUUCACAUCUUUCUAUUUUUCUUCGGCAAUCUCCAGUCUCCAUAUCUUU